AUGAGUUCGCCACGCCUCCCUACAGAUCCAUAUAAAACCCUCGGUGUUGAUAAAGAAGCGGCAUUACCUCAGAUUCGAUUAGCAUAUCGAAAACUUGUUCUCCAGUGUCAUCCGGACAAAGUUCAAGAUCCUCAAUUGAAGGCAAUAAAGGUCGAUGAAUUUCAAAAGGUCCAAGAAGCAUAUGAAAUACUUAGUGAUGUAUCAAGAAGAUCAGAAUAUGACCAAACAGUCAAACUGCAGAAGCUGAGAGAGGAGUUGGGCAAAACUGCGACUUCAACUUCGACUUCGAAUCCAGUCUCGACUAGUAAAACUUAUGAAUACAAUGUUAGGACCGCAGAACCUAGACCGUCGACAUACAGUUCCUCGUAUCCAAAGACUGCGCAAAAGCCACCAAAAGAGUCAAAUGUGUAUUCAAAACCGCCAUCGAGAUCUUAUGAGGAUUUGUACGAAGAAACUCCGAGACCAUCUGUUAGGAGAACCAAAACAACUAGAGAUUCGGAUAGAGAUGAAAGGGAAAGAAGAAGACAACAGGAAGAAGAAGAAAGAGAGAAGAUGAGACGGAAGAUGGAAAAGGAAGCUAAGCGUGAUCACGGAGAUCGAAAGAAGUCUCGCGACAAGGAGAAGAGACGUGGCACCGAAGAGAAAGUGCGUCCAGGCACAUAUGUUGAAGACGAAUCCAGUGAGGAUGAUUUUCGACGAAAAGCGGAACGAGCCGCACGAAGGACAGAGGAAUUGAGAGCCGAAACUGCUGCUCGACUUCAACAAGAACGGGAGCACAGAGAGUGGGAGCUUCGUGACAGAGAACGUGAACGUGAACGUGAACGUGAACGAGAACGAGAGUCACGCGACAGAGAGAGGGAACGGGAAAAGAGAGAGCGAGAAAGAGAACGAGAACGAGACCCUCCAGAGGUGAAAGACUCGCCGAUGGGAGACAAGUGGAAAGAUCAUAUGGCAAAUGCUGCACGUUAUGUCCAAGCUUCGCGAAGAGAGUCAGAUAUUAAACCAGAGGUGCCAUUUGCGCCAGCGCCACCUCCAAUGCCUACUAUGCGUCGAGCAGAAACGUUUACUGCGCCAUCAUCUACACCAUAUAAUAAUCACUAUAAAGUACACCCAUCUGCUGCUUAUGAAAAUCAUAGUGAUGAUGAGACACCACGGAGAUCAGCAGCACGACCAUCACGCCGUUCUGCAGAAACUCCUUCGAAAAGCAAAGAUACGCCAAAGCCAAGUAGACGCUCAACUAGGGAGUCACCAUAUGUAAAUACCGCAUCAACUUCACCUCCUACAAAACCUACUCUUAACAAACAAUAUUCGGAACCACCGAUAGUUGGGGUUGGAUCGAGUAGACGGGAGCCUAGUCGAUCAAAGACGGAGUAUCCUCGAGAGCCACCUCCACCACCUACAUUUACCAGAGCAGCUACAUUUACACAAGGCAUGGGUACGAAGACAGACACUAGGGAUAGGGGUCGUGGACCAAUUCGGGUAGUUCAGAAUCCGGUGUCAGAAUCUGAUUCUGGAUCUGACUCUGAGUCGCCAUCACCAACACCUCAAUAUUCUCAUGUUAGACAGCCGCCUCGAGCUCCUGAGCCCUCUGGUACUACCAAAACGUACGUCAUUGGUAGUAAUGGGCGAAGUGAACUCAAAGGCUCUUAUCGAUCAGAUCUCCGCGAUGCUGCUUACACGCGACCUCGAAGUCCAUCGCCUCGUCGAACCACUCGUCCUCCUUUAGCACGUAGUGGUGGGAGUGCUUCUCGUCAGGUGCGAUCUCGGUCACGAGGAUAUCACCCAACAACUGCGCCCGAACCAACUGAGCCCGUAGUUGUCAACGCCCAACCCAAACCUCGAGAGGCUUCUCGGGCCACAAGUCGUGGUGGAUAUCCACCACAAUACAAUGUAAACUUUUCUGCUCCAAUCACACCCGAAAAUAUUGUCUACUCGGCUGGAACCCAUUAUGUCGAUAGAAGAGCUACCGAACCGGGAAACCAACGCGAUUAUACACCUUAUCCUGCAGCUCGUGGUCGUGAAUCGGUCUACUAA